AAAGCAGCGGCUUGCAAGAACGGAGGGGAAAAAUGGCGGCGACUAUGCUGAGGUCGCUUUCCAGACUCGGACGCCCUUCAGUGAUUUUGAACAGUAACAUCAGCACUCCUUCAUGUGUUCUGCUUCAGAAGAGGUUGAAGCAAUGGCAGCCAGAUGUAGAGUGGGCGGAGCAAUAUGCUGGAGCAGUGAUGUAUCCCAGUGCCAUCACUGAGAAAUGGGCACCUCCACCUUGGAAUGAUAAGGACCCACCAGCAGAGAAGGAAGUGUCCAACCUUACCAUCAACUUUGGACCUCAACACCCAGCGGCCCAUGGAGUGCUGCGUCUAGUGAUGGAGCUGAGCGGAGAGUCCGUAAAGAAAUGUGACCCUCACAUUGGCCUCCUGCACCGUGGCACUGAGAAACUGAUAGAGUACAAAACAUAUCUUCAGGCACUUCCUUACUUCGACAGGCUGGACUACGUGUCUAUGAUGUGUAAUGAGCAAGCGUAUGCACUCGCUGUAGAAAAACUGCUUAACAUUCAGGCUCCGCCCCGUGCACAGUGGAUCAGAGUGCUGUUUGGAGAGAUGACACGUAUUCUAAACCACAUCAUGGGUAUCACCACCCACGCUCUUGACAUUGGAGCCAUGACCCCCUUCUUCUGGUUGUUUGAGGAGAGAGAGAAGAUGUUUGAGUUUUAUGAGAGAGUAUCUGGAGCCAGGAUGCAUGCUGCAUACGUCAGACCCGGUGGAGUUCAUCAGGACAUGCCUCUUGGUCUCAUGGACGACAUCUAUGAAUGGUGCAAGAAUUUCUCUAUUCGCAUUGAUGAAGUGGAGGAGAUGCUGACCAACAAUCGUAUCUGGAAGAACAGAACUGUUGGCAUUGGUGUUAUUGGGGCAGAAGAUGCACUCAACUAUGGCUUCAGCGGGGUGAUGCUGAGGGGUUCUGGAAUUAAAUGGGAUCUGAGAAAAGCCCAGCCGUAUGACAAGUACUAUGAGGUGGAGUUCGACGUGGCCAUCGGGAGUAAUGGCGACUGCUACGACAGGUGACCACACACGUCAGAAUGUUCUCUGUUGAAACAUUUUAAACUAAAGAGUUGAGAUCUACAGAAAGCCAAUAAUGACAGGAAAUUUAAAUGUAACCAGUAACCACAUGUUAUAAACGG